GCCCAUAUAGAAGUGCGUCGCGACGCGGCCGCCAGUUUCGUUCAGCUACCAUCCCGAAAUCGCCUACACCUUCGCUAUGAAGUUCCUCAUCUUACUGUUGGCUAUAGUGCCCAUUUAUGCAACUAACGACGCAUCCGAAGUUCUUUUGGGACAGGAAUUCCAGUAUUCAUCUAUUGAUCACCUGCGCGAGAGAAGGCAAGCAGGAAAUUAUCGAACAUUGAAUCAAGCUCCACCUCAAAUACAACAGCUUUUGGAAGCCCAAAAUUCACGUCGUCCCCUCGUGCCCGUUCCAACACAACCGAUCCCAAAACUGGGACCUUCUCAACCUAUCCAACCUCAACAACUUUCUCAGGCGCAGGUCUCGCAGUACAAGCCUCAAGUCACAUUCUCAUCGAAUAUCCAGCAACCGGAUUACACGGCAAUUCAGUCGGGAAGCGGUGGUCAGUAUCAAAGACCGAUUCCUCAGCAACCGCUGUAUCGUCCUCUCCCUCAACAAAACUAUAACUCGCAACCGCAACCGCAAUACUCUUCGAAACUGCCGCCUCAUCUUCAGCAAUUAUUGCAAUAUCAAAGCAACUUGGCGAACGCCAUCCCUCGAAGAGCAUAA